UUUCUGCAUUGAACAAGGGCUCCGUUAUUGCUGACCUGCACAAGGAUGAGAUCUAAUUGCAGUUAUUCUGUGGAACUUUUGUGGUACUGCCGGACCAUAGGUUUACUGUAACCUGCUGUAUUGAUUGGGAAUUUAGCUGUUUAAAGCAUUGCCUGUACCAAAAUAACAGGGCCCAGAGGUGAGGGAAGCCGCCUGCUUGCUAUAUGUAAUCGCAUGGCAGCAGUGCCUGGUGUGGUCAGAUCGAGGUGUCAAACAGCGUACAGCAGGAAAUCGCAUAGUGGGUGUGACAUGAGACCCAAGUUUGGGCAACGGUUUCAUUUCACUAUUCUGUGGGGAAAAGAACUGCAAGAUCUUUUUGUACACUAGUGUGGAGGCGCUGUGUUUCUUCCAAUGGCUAGUAAACUGAAGCAGCUGGUCAGAAAGAAAGAGGUGAUAGAGGACUUCAUGGAGAUAUUUGAGAAAGGGGCUGAGGCCUUGUCUGAGGCCGUGGGAGAGAUGUUCCCUGUUUUCUCCAUUGUAUCGCCCCUCGUGCAAUUAGCCAUGGACAAUCAGGAGAGCCCAGAGGCAGAAUUCAUGAAGGAGCAGUUUCAGAAGGUACGUGACCGCCUGGAUGUGAUCUCUGAAGAGGCAGAGAACAUUACCCAGGAGGUCAAGAAGAGCGGUGUGGACGCAGCCUACUUCCAGGUGGAGGAGAACCUGACAAGCCAAUUUCGUAAAUACAUGGACAUCCUCAACGCCAAGCCCAAGUUCCGUGAGGUCAAGAAGAAGCUCUUCAUGGAACAUUUUGCAAAGACUGGAGGAGAAAAGAACUUAAACACCCUGUAUGGAGCUGUGACCGGAGACAACUUCUCAGGUGAGUCAGUGUUGGAGAUCACACUGAAGUAUGAAGAAAAAAACCGGAGGUCCAUGGAGGACUUCUGCGCCCGGUUAAAGAAUCUUUUCUUCAUUGGACUUGUCGCCCUGGUGGGCCAUGCAGCCCUGAAGGAUUGUAAUGAGGAGGAGGAGCUUCUUCGUGUUUGGGCUGAGAAAGUGAAGCAUAUUGAGGAGAAGAUGAAGGCUGUUGUUGAAGACUGCAAGGUUAAUUUUGUCAAACAGGCAGAAAUUGACAUUGGGAAACGUAUCCGUACCUGGAAAGGCAGGCCUAACCAGGAGAUAGCUGAUGUCGCUAUAGGUUUCCUAAAACAAAAGUAUGACUGGGUGUCCUGGUCUGUAAGGAUUUAUGCUCCCUCUACAGGUUUCUUCUGGAAGCUGAUCUAUGGUAAGAAGUAUCAUGGAAUCAGUGGGGGGAAUCACUUUGUCUUUGACACUGAGCCACAUGUGGUGGUGUCCUAUAGCCUUCAGCCAAGAAGCUUAAAUAAGGAAACUCUUCCGGCCGCCAUUCAGGGGCAAAAGUGGAGGAGGAACAAGGCACAGCUGGCAGAGCAAGUGCACGCCAGUCUUCCAGGCUGCCUAGUGCACGUGAUUAGGCGACACGUAGUGGAAAGUUCCAGUUUCCCAGAUGACGCCCAGUAUGACCAGUAUCACAGGAAAACUCAUGUCUUUAUAUAUUCAGAUUAAUCAUCGCUACAACUCACAUCUUUGACUGAAUUUCUCCGUGAGGGACUGCUGCAUAGCUUUAUUUUCCGAUGAUGCACGGCCAUAUUUAAAUGCACUUUACGGUAAUUCGACCAACUAGAAGCCUUUGGCUACUUAAGAAGGUUGUCAGGUUAGGUCUUCUGUUGGAAGCCUUAGUCAGGUUGCAUGUUACAUUAAGGGUUUCCAGGAUGCUUCAUGCUUUCCGGUUUAUGCUCCUCAUAGUUACUGUAUUAAUGCCAUUUGCUAUAUUUUUUUCAUUUUUAGAAACGAUAAGUGUCAUGAAAUGACUGCAGCUGCGCCUCUGCAUGUGGCUUCAAAGGAAAUAUGCAUAAAUAUUAGUCAGCUAGGAAUGACCUGGUUUAAAAAUUAUUAAAGAGAUCGCUAUCUGGGGACUGUGUUUAAGAGUCCUAUUACAUCUUACCUGCUUCCAUAGAAGCCUGAACAGAUGAAAUUGUGAAAUGAAAAACUGUGCUGCAUUUUACAAUGGAAAGCAAACUGUUUGGUAUCGAAGGUCAAUAUUUGUUGUGUUAGUAUGUACUAAGUAUCCACUUUUUUAAGUACAGCUUAGUGCCAGGUAGGCAACCUCUUUCGACGGCACAGUAGGCUUAAUUCUUAGAGCAAUGGAAUAAACAAAGUACUGGUACAGACUCUCCUUAUGGGGUUUGGAACAUAAUAUUUUGCACUUCUGCCAAUCCUGGUCCUAGCCGACAUGAUGUCCUAGGCGAGCAAAAGAGUAUUGAUACGGUAUAGUAUUUGUUUGGGCAAUGUUUGUGUAUCAGGCAUUAUAGUACAUACAACUGCACAACAAUGAACUGUUUUUUUUGUUUGUUUCUUUAAUGCGACAUGAAACAUGAAAAUGAUUGUAACAAAGUC